GAAAAAGUGUAGAACUUUUUUAAAAAAAAAACAUCAAUUAAAUGGAAUUAGAUCCUAGAACGAAUGUUUUAAUCGCGUGUGUUGAUCUAUAGCGUUUAUAAUGUCAUUUUAAAAUUAUGUGUAUAUUAUAAAAGUGCUCAUAUCAUUUAAUUUUUAAAGAAAAUUCAAAAAAAUUUAAUUCAAAGAAUUUGAAGCAAAUUAACAGCAAUGGAUCGUGGACAGGAGAUUAGAGAAUUAAAAUUAGGUGCUAGUUUUACAAAUUCAAAUGCCAGAGCAUCGUACCAUACAUUAAAAUAUGAUUUUAAGCCAGCAAGUGUUGAUGCACAUAAAGAGGCAACACUAGAAACAGGGUCUAAUAGUCAAGUCACUGUUACAGUGCCACAUUUAGAUGGUUCUGGUGUACCGAAUACGAUAUUUAAAGGAAGUGCUCGUGAUUAUACGAAGAAAGAAUGUGUAUUAAUCUUUAAUAGGGAGACAAAUGAGAUAAUUUUAGAGAAAUUGUGUGGAAAUAUUCAAGUUAAAAAGACAAGAACAGAUUCGACUAAUAAGCAGCCGCAACAAGCACCACCACCAGCCAUUAUUGCACCUAAAUCUGGACUUGAGAAUCAGACGACGAGACAAAGCUCAAAAACUCGCGUUUCGACUGGAACAUCGAGGAAGAAUGUCCUUCAUUUUGUGCCAAAACAUUCUCCUCAUCAGCAGCAACAACAAGGCUCGCCUUCAUAUCAUCCACAUCCUCAUCGAAGUCCACAACAACAACCACCAUGGAAUGCAAACAACAACACAUCUACAUUGCCAAGUAUAACGAGUUUAUUGGAUGAUAAUAAUUUUGCCAAUAAUCAACCUCCACCACAACAACAACAACAACCAUCGUCCAACAUGUAUAAUAAUAAUAAUAACAAAAAUAAUAAUAUUAAUAAUAAUAAUAAUUGUAACAUAAGUAAUAAUAUAUCAAGUACUCCAUCAACUGCAUCAAAUGUGUUGCCAAAAGCGACAAGUGCAAUACAAAAUCAGCAGCAACAGCACCAACAAACACAUCAAAUGGUAGUCGAUGAUAUUGGCGUACUGAGCUCUUCAGAAUCUUCGAGUGACUCAAACGAUGACGAUAGCGAUUCCGAUUCGAGCAAUGAUAGUGCUGACAGCGUUGACAAUCAUCCAAUGAACAAUAAUAACAGCAACAACAUCGUACACAUGCCAAAUCAUAAUAGCAAUUCGAUGAACAGCAUGAAUAUGAAUGUGAACAUGAAUAUGAAUAUAGCAAAUCAUAAAAAAGCACCGACAUCAAUGACCAAUAAUCAUCAUUUGGACAACAAUUCAAAAGCACAGCUGCUCACAAAGGAUUUAUGUUUAUCAGACUCAAACUCUGAUUCGGAUUACUAGACUUGUAUGGUCCAUCAAUAAUCGAGUUGUUUGAGAUUUUGUAUUCUGAAGAUUUUUUUAACUCUGAAAAUUGCUUAAAAUGAGACACGUGAUGACAAAUGAGAGACAUAUAAGAUAGAUUGGAUCAAGUCUAUGAAUAAAUUAAUUAUUUUUGUUAUAAUGCAAGCAUGGUAAAAAGUUUGUGACUUGGUGAUUUUUACUUCUAUUAAUCUUUUAUCUACAU